AUGUAUCGAAUGCACAUGGUAUACCUCCCAGCUAAGUUGAUCGACGUCGCUAUCGAACUUCAUUUUGAUCUCCUCAUUGGGGAAGGUAUAACCGACGUCUUGGAAUCCAUCAUUAGGAAAUACGUCCAAGCAGUCCAAGGCCAUGAGUAUAUGACGAAGUACUCUGGCAAAGCCAACGAUCCUUUCGUUGCAUCUAGCGAGUGGCUUCACAGUAAUUAUCUUCUUUUGAGAGAAAUGACCCGACACGGGAAAACUGCCAGCGACUUGGAAGCGUUAAAGGCAUGGGCCAUACCAACGGGACCCUGGGAAGCUGAUGACAGGGGAAUGCAACCACUAGGCGCCACCUCGGGGCGAGACUCUGAAGAAAGGGCUCUGAUCAAGGCUUGCUGGGGCCUUGGUUGGUGGUGCCUUUCUAGUGGGACCCAUAUGGCUACUUGCAAUUGGGGAUGA